AUGGGCCACCAGCUGGAUGUAACUCCAUUCACCACAAUGCUGUGGGCCUGGCCAUCCAGCCAGUUUUUUACCCAGCAAAGAAUGCACCUGUCCACGCCAGGGAGCAGUCAGUUAUGUCAGGAGAAUGCUGUGAAAGAUGGUGUCAAAGGCUUUACUGAAGUCCUAAAGAGAGGUUACAUAGCUCAUGAAGUAUUGCCACAGAAACCUAAACCAUCUGAAAAGCUUGUCAAGAGACAUGAGAGUAUGGAUUUGACCUCCACUUACAAACAUGACUCCUAUACUAUCGGCCUUCCUGUAUUCACCAGAAAACCUGAUGUAUAUCUUUCUCCUCUGGAAAUAAUGGAUCUUUAUACCACUACUCGGACAUAUUACAAGCACCCAAAUGGUAAGCCAGCCAAGAUGUGUCAACCUUUGGUCCACGUUAAAAAAAUUACUGAGCCAUUCAAUAGCUCUUCUGUAAUGAAGGAAGAAUAUAAGCCUUGGCUGUGCAAGAAAUUAAAACCUAUCAGUCAUGCUCUGGAGCUGACUUUCCCAGCAAAAAAAAUGGAUUUCUUGACUACCUUUCAGACCCAUCAGGCACCUCAUUCACUCACAGUAUGCAUGGCCUAUUACAGAGACCCACCUGGUUACAUCUUUGAGGGAACUGAUGCUGAUGGUCACAGUCUCUACAUCACUACUCCCAAGAGUGAGUGCCUGUAAAGGAAACUUAAGUAAAAAGAGAGCGGACGCAGCCUUCUUGGAAACAGGUUCAAAGAGCAGGGCCUCAGUGAGCUAAAAAUGACUGUGAUUUUUUUUUUGUAACCUUCUUUCAAACCAAUCACUGGGUUUGCAUUUAGAGAGCUCUUAAAAUAAACUUAAU